AUGAAACUGCUUAUAUUGGCGCUGGCGGUGUCAGCGGUGUACGCGAGUACAUUCCAAGUGGGCUUGAACUUCAAGCCGUCGCAGGACAAGAGGCAGCUGUACAGCUCCAAGCUCUUCCACCAUGUGCAGAUGUCGCGCAUCUUCCCCGACUCCAAGACCUUCGUCGACAUGCACAUGAAGCGCGACGAGAAGACCAUCCUGCUGGCCUUCGACGAGCUCCUCGCAAAGACCAACGAGAGGCCCACCAAGGAGCAACUUACUGACUUCAUCAGCUACAACUUCGACUCCGAAUCCGGAUUGGAGUCGUGGAGGCCCAGCGACUUCGUCUCCGAGCCCGGCUUCCUGAACUCCAUCAAGGACUCCCAGCUGAAGCUGUUCGCCAGGAACGUGUACAGCAUGCUGCCCACCUUCGGCAGGAAGAUGACGCCCGCGGUCUUCAGGAACCCCGAGCAGUUCAGUAUGAUCCCGGUUCACAACGGCUUCAUCGUUCCCGGUGGUAACUCCAAGGAAUUCAACUACAUGGAAUCCUACUGGAUCAUCGAGAGCCUGCUCAUAAGCGGCAUGAAGGAGACCGCCAAGGGUAUGAUCAGCAACUUCAUCGAGCUUCAAAGGGAAUUCGGCUACAUCCCCAGCGGUGACAGGAGACGAACGACAUUGAAUUCCUAA